CUGCAGGAAUCUCAGCAUCACUACCACAGCUGGAGCACAGUGUCUUUUUUAGACAUUUAGAUUUUGCUAUAUUUACAAAGACCCAACAUGGAAAGACAAACUUUAACAUAUAUCAAUUUUUAGGUCUGUGCUCUGUUUUUGGAGUAGAUUUUUUUGGAGCAAUAGAAGUAUUUCCUCUUCCAUUUUUUUGUUAUUCACCUGAGUUUUGAAUAUUUACAAAAAUCAUGCUACUGGAGAAGAUUUUGCAUUGUUUUCUUCUCCUUUGGAGUUUUAUUUUGACUGUGACAGCAUUUCACCCAGCUGCAAAUCUAUAUAGUUUCUACUCUGGACCUCAACCACAGUCUAACUCGGAGAAACCAACGGCCAGGCACAAGAACCACUGUGCAUAUGUUGUGGAGAAGACUGUCUCGUUCACUGUUCAGGAUGGAGCAGCUCCCUUCAUGAAGGCAAUGAAGUGUGCUUGGGGUCAGAAAUGCCCAACUACAAAGUAUCGUAUGUAUUACAAACCAAUGUAUAAAGUUGCAUAUAAAACUGUAACUGAGCUGGAAUGGAAGUGCUGUCCUGGAUAUACAGGUGUCGGUUGUACUGAGGGAUAUGGAAUGAAAGCAAGGCCCCUUUUCAAUGGACCAAUGCCUGCACAAAAGGGUCCUAUGCCUCCUUUUAAAGGACAAAUGCCAAUGCAAAAAGGCCCUAUGCCUCCUUUUAUAGGGCCUAUGCAUAUGCAGAAAGGUCCCUCAUCUCCUUUUAAAGGACCCAUGCCAAUGCAGAAAGGUCCUAUGCCUCCUUUUAAAGGGCCCAUGCCAAUGCAGAAAGGUCCUAUGCCUUCAUUUAAAGGUCCAAUGCCUAUACAGAAAGGUCCUAUGCCUUCCUUUAAAGGUCCAAUGCCUAUGCAGAAAGGUCCAAUGCCUUCAUUUAAAGGUCCAAUGCCUAUGCAGAAAGGUCCCAUGCCUUCAUUUAAAGGACCGAUGCCAAUGCAGAAGGGUCCAGUGCAUUCAUUUAAAAGGCCUAUGUCUGCACAGAAAGGUCCAAUGCCCUCUUAUAAACGUCCAAAUGCAUCUCAAAAGGGACACAUACCUUCAUAUAAAGGACAGUAUCCCCAUCCCAAUGUCAAUGGAAACCCCUGGAUUCAGCCUCAAGCUCCAACUAAUGGCAUAAUUGGAUAUCCAGUUCCUAAUACUGGGCCGUCCUCCCAAGAUCCUCCAAUUGAAUCUUACCCAGAGCACCAGGAACCGGAAGUAGAUUAUCCUGAACCCGUGAUUGAACCUCAAGACCUUGGCCAUGAUAUAAUCCCAGAAGAGAAUGAACCAGUUACUGACUACCAGGAUCCUCAGCCAGAUCAUCAAACUUCCACAACAGUAGAGAGUGAGACAGAGCCUAUUCGCAAUGCACAAGUGCCCUCUGGUGGGAGUGAAACAAACCAAGAACAUGAUGACAACAAUAUUGAAGAUGAGCGGUUGGACAGGAUAGAAGAGGAUGUGCAACGACUUUCUCUUGGUCUUGAGACUCUCCGAGGUACAGUGACAGGUUUGGAGGACAGCUUGCGUGCUUCCCUUCGUGAAGAUGCCAAUAGGAUGUUAACUGCCCUGAUUUCUGCAGCACCCAGCCCUAUCUCUGCUCCUUCCUUGUCUAGAGACUCUACUGUGGGCUUUGGAGAUCUACCUGGAGGUGCACCGGAUAUUGAGGGAUCAGAUGUGGUGGGACACUUUCCAAACUUGGUCGAUUUAACUGAAAAGGUUACAGAGCUGCGAGCAGAACUUGUGGCAAAGUCAUCUGAGCUGGAAAAAUUGAGAGGAGCAGUUGUGAGUCAAAACACCACCCUUCAAAGACUAUCAGGUGGGUCAGUGAACCUUAAUCAAACUGAAAUCCAAAAGGCCCUGGAAACAAUGGUGGAGUCCAAAAUGAGUGAAGCUCGGGUCACCAUAUUAGAUGGCUUUGAAAAACGAGUGGAAAGUGCAGAGGAGCGAUGCGAGAGUCGAAUGGCAGAGGUGCGACUCCAAUGCAAAGAGGAAAGUUUAGAUGGACAAGAUCAGAUUGAGCAAGUCCUAGACAUAAGGGCUGAAAGAUUGAGGGCAGAACUACAAAAGCUGCAGGCUCAGCUUCAAGACCUGGAGCCUGAAGAGGGUUGCUGCAUUGCCAUAUCAGGUCUAACUGAAAGGGUCAUUUAUAUGGAGCAGUCAGUGGAAGGUUUGAAUGAAUCCCAAACACACCUACGUGCUGAAAUUGGUGGACACAAGGACCAUAUAGAUGGCAUGUUGGAAGGCCGACUGGCUUAUGUGGAAUCCAAAUUGAAUAUUGCAUUCAAUCAAGAGGAAACAAACAUUAACAAAAGUGAGCCUGAUAACCUGGAGGUGCAAUUGGAAGGGAAGAUUAAAGCUCUUGAAACCCGUCUCUUGGCAGCAGUAGAAGAGCUCGGUAAUGUCACAGCACCAACUUUACUCGAAGGUCAAGCUGUUCCUUCACUGGAAACAGAGGUAGAAUUGUUAAGAAGAAGAGUUGAGGAUGAUUUGGACCAUCUACAGAAACAGCUCAAAUCCAUGGAGGUUCUUUGUACUUCAGCUUGUGUUCCACAGCCUGUUCUAACAGGAUAUGCAGCUCCAUUGGCUACCGAUGAGGACAAACACGAAGACAACCUUAAAGAAAUGAAUGAGAAACUUGAUUUACAAGUGCAGAAAUUAAACAACCUCAAUGCCACUCUAUAUAAUCUUCUUGUACAGUUAGCAAAGAAACAGGAGGAGGUGGAUCUUCAAGGAGAGGUGACCCUACUUAAGGUCACUGUGAACUCUGUUAACAGGUCUAUCUGUGGCUUGCAAGACUCUCUUGGCUCUGUGAUCAAAGAGGUCGGCCACACCAACCUUACCUGGCAGGAAAGAGAGGAAAGGCUUGCCCAGCAGGUAAAAGGAGUGGUUCAGCUGGUGGGACGACAAGCUUCCAUGUUGGGUACUGGGGAGCGAAAGCUGACCCGUCUGAAGGGGGAACUCCACGAUCUGCGACGUAAAGUUGCUGGAGAGCUACAGGGUUGCCGCUCCACUGCCCUCGGUGUCCAGAAGGAAGUGACCGAAGUCGGAGGUCGUGUUGCCCGUGUGGAGGGUCAGUGUGGAGGCCUAGCACACCUGUCCGAUGACCUAGAGAGAAUUCGAGGAGAGCUGGAGAAGCAGUCUGAUGGGUAUCUGUCUCACGUAAAUAGCACCCUUGUUAACCAUUCUCACCAACUGUCCGAACUCAGAGAUAGCAUCCAAAACUGCACUGGAACUUCUGGGCCUUCUAAGAUUGUGGCGACUACACAACAAACAGCAGAACAACACACAACAGAACCAACCCAUCCUAGAGGAGACCAGUUUGCAGUCCCCACACAGCACAAGGGUGACUAGUAAAUCAAGUGCACUUUAUAAUGUGCAGCCUAUAAUCAAGACUUAUACUAUUAUAUAGUAUCUUUCUCAGGAGACUCUUCUCUCAACAACUUCUUUUGUAUGAUCAAUGCUGAAAUGCAACUUGAAAUUCCUUGUCUGUGGUGCUACUGUUUUGUACUGUUUUUAUAUCCCCUCCAAUGAGCUAUUAUAUACCAUUUUUAGUGUUUAUGGGUAUAUACAAUGUUGUGCUGUGUUUUGUGAAUAUUUUUAUAUCAAUUGGAUGUCUGUAUGUAGGUUUUGUUUUUAAUAAGAGAGACUGUUGAGCUCAUAUAGAAUAUUCAAUAUUUCUGAAACAGGCCAGUCAAUCUUUGUGAAUUUUUUUUUAUUUUUUACCUCGUUAAUACUUUUGUGUUUGUACUUCAAUAAAUUGUUUGUCAAAGCUGGUGCUUAAUAAAAUGUUGAAAUCUCA